UUAUAUUAACCCAGAAAUGAAAACCCCUUAAAAUCCACGAGCCUGGGAGAUUUCCAUUUGUUCAAGCAAACACGAAAAUAAAAAACCAAGCAUCCAUCAAAAACUCACCAAUCAAUCAUGUUGACAGUGAGUGUAAAAUGGCAAAAGGAGCUGUUCCCAAAAGUGGAAAUUGACACUAGCCAGUCCCCUUAUGUUUUCAAAUGUCAGUUGCAUGAUUUGACUGGAGUUCCCCCCGAGAGGCAGAAGAUUAUGGUUAAGGGUGGUUUGCUGAAGGAUGAUGCCAAUUGGGCAACCUUAGGAGUGAAGGAGGGUCAAAAAUUGAUGAUGAUGGGGACUGCAGAUGAGAUUGUGAAGACCCCAGAGAAGGGCCCUGUUUUUAUGGAAGAUCUUCCAGAAGAAGAACAAAUGGUUGCUAUGGGUCACACUGCUGGCCUCUUUAAUCUAGGGAACACUUGCUACAUGAACUCGACAGUACAAUGCUUGCAUUCUGUUCCAGAGUUGAAGUCUGCUUUAGUCAGCUAUCCAUCUCAAAAAAGCAGUGAGUUGGAUCAUUCAUCUCAUAUGCUGACAGCUGCGACUCGAGAACUAUUUAAUGAGCUCGAUAAAAGUGUACAGCCUGUGGCACCUAUGCAGUUCUGGAUGGUAUUGCGCAAAAAGUAUCCUCAAUUUGGUCAAUUGCAUAACGGAGUCUACAUGCAGCAGGAUGCUGAAGAAUGUUGGACACAACUUUUAUACACCCUUUCACAAUCACUUAGAUCACCGAGUUUCAGCAGUGAAAAUCCAGAUACAAUCAAGGCACUUUUUGGCAUUGAACUUGUAAGCAGGGUGCAUUGCCAAGAAAGUGGUGAAGAGAGCUCAGAGACAGAAUCAGUUUACUCACUUAAAUGCCACAUAUCACAAGAGGUGAACCAUUUGCAUGAAGGACUGAAGCAUGGUUUGAAGUCUGAAUUGGAGAAGGCUUCUCCCUGCUUGGGCCGUAGUGCAAUUUACCUGAAGGAGUCCCGUAUCAAUGCCUUGCCAAGGUACCUAACCGUUCAGUUUGUUCGUUUUUUCUGGAAGAGGGAAUCAAAUCAGAAGGCCAAGAUUUUACGGAAAGUGGAUUACCCAUUACAACUGGAUGUCUACGAUUUUUGCUCUGAUGAUCUUUGCAAAAAAUUAGAAGCACCUCGCCAGAUUUUAAGAGAUGAGGAGGGUAAAAAGGCUGGUUUGAAAGCCAAGGAGAAGACCUCGGGUUCAAAAGACAAUGAUGUCAAGAUGACUGACGUGGAGAGGCCAUCAAAUGAGAGUGGAGAAUCAUCAAAGCCUACCUCCCAAGAAGGUGGUCCUACAGAUAAAAAGUCACAUUUAACUGGAAUUUAUGAUUUGGUAGCUGUGCUCACCCACAAGGGAAGGAGUGCUGAUUCAGGGCAUUAUGUUGCAUGGGUCAAGCAAGAAAGUGGGAAAUGGAUUGAGUUUGAUGAUGAUAAUCCUGUUCCACAACGGGAGGAAGAUAUAACUAAGCUCUCGGGAGGAGGUGAUUGGCAUAUGGCUUACAUUUGCAUGUACAAGGCACGAACUGUCCCAAAGUAAUUUUUUCUAAUCCCAUCAUUUUUAGAUUCAAGUCACCACUGGAUUUCUUCGUAGGAUCCAUAUUGUAAAAUGGACAGUAGAUUUUGACAGAAUUGGGUUUGUUGUGCUUAUAGGAGUUGUCUUGUCUCAUGCA